AUUGAGGAAACUCAUCAAGCCCAUUCUUGAAACGGAAGCGUUAGCAGCAACUCAAUUACCCUCACUUCCCUUCCCUUCCCUUCACUUAUAGAGCCCUACAUUUUCCUUUGACUUGUUUCGAUUCGAACGUCUAACUUCCAUUGAAGAUGAAUGGCGUUGUUAGAGCUGCACUGAAGAGAGGUCAUGCCCUUCCAAUCUUCAGUCAGCAGCAGCUCAGGUGCUUCUCUACUGGAACGGUGCCGCCACCACACAAUCCAACAAAUCCAUUCCUAGAAAAUGCGGAUACAGGGUUGGCAUAUGGUAAAAAAUACACUGAAAACAGAUGUCAUUAACUUCCUCGAAGGUUUAAAUUUGACUCUGGAGGAUGUUAAAAUGGAAUACACCCGGAGUUUUAUUCCACGUGCAAUGAUGGUGCAAUUCCCUUCUCGUAAUGCCAUGGAUGAAGCUGUAAGGAUGAUUAAUAGGAAGGGUCGCUUGUACAAAUUGGAAAGGGUCAAUCGUGAAGAAUGGGAUAUUGUAACUCCCUAUAAUGGAAAAACUAUUCUAAUUCAAGGAAUUCCAAGGAAUGCGCAGUUUGUGGAUAUAGAACGCAUACUGUCUGGUUGUGAAUUCGAUCAUUCCUCCAUCAAUAUCUUUACAAGACUUACACCUGAAUCCUCAGAACUCAAUAGAAUGGCCACAGUACGGUUCCCGUCGAGGACUCAAGCAAUGAACGCAUUCUUAACGAAGAAUGGGACGUACUGUAAACAAUCGCAUUUUGAUCCAAGUUCUCCAGUAAUAUGCCCCUUCCUGGCACUAGUCUUUGUAACAUUGGUAUUGCUUUGAUGGAGUAAGAUUAGGUUCAAAACUAGUAAAAUUUGUCCUCUCUUUGUUUUUUUCUCUCUUUUUAAAUAUUGAACUUCCCAGCAUCACUGGUUUUUGGUGAUCUCAGCACCUGAGAAAAUGAUCUAGUGUGGCAAUUUUUUGAAUAAAAACGCCUGACAAAUCAAUAGUUUGGUAGUUCAUUGAUCAAGAUUUUAGUUUUUUUUACGUAUGUUUCUUAUCUUGUAAAAGUGCAAUAUUCAACCAAGUAUCACUAUUGCUGUGACAUGAAAGUUAGAUUGGAUGAUAGUAGAUCAAACUGGGCGUAAAACAAAUG